AUGGCCAACACGGGCGUCAGUCCGAGGCCGCGGGUGUCGCUCUCGCCGCUGCUGCUGCUGCUGCUGUUGCUGCAGGGAGGCUGCCUCCUCUCGGCCGCCGGGAGGGACAAGGGGGCGGCUAGCAGGGAAGUGGCCCUGGCCUCCGGGCUCAGGGACGGCUCCUCCGGUCGCUUCGUGAGCCCAGAGCAGCACGCGUGCAGCUGGCAGCUCCUGGUGCUCGCCCCAGGGACGCCGACGGGCGGAGAGCUGGCCCUGCGCUGCCAGACCCCGGGCGGGGCAAGCCUGCACUGCGCCUACCGCGGGCACCCGGAGCGCUGCGCGGCCACCGGCGCCCGGCGCGCACACUACUGGAGACGGCUGCUGGGCGCGCUGCGCAGGAGACCGCGACCCUGCCUGGACCCCGCGCCGCUGCCGCCGCGCCUGUGCGCCCACAAGACGGCCGGCGCCGAGCUACACCCGCCGGCGCACCCCAGCCUGCCCGCGCGUCCCAACGAGCAGCCCCAGCCGAGGGCGCGGAGCCGGGCUCGGCCACGGCAGUCGGUGCGGUCCUCGAGCUCCCAACCCGAAAAGAAGCCCUUGCUGGUGAAGUCCAACUUCACCGGGAGAAAGGCGGGCUCAGACCCGGUCCCGGAGCCUCCUACAGCGGCCGGACUCCAGCCCAACGGGUUGGACCAGAAUGCGGAGCUCACUGAGACCUACUGCGCUGAGAAGUGGCACUCCCUUUGCAAUUUCUUUGUCAACUUCUGGAAUGGCUGACGCUGCAGGCUGGCAGGGGCACUAGGGACUGGUGCUGCGGAGCAGAGGGCGAUGGGAGGCUCGAGGCGUCUUAGACGGGGAACCGGGAUGGAGAGUAGGCUAGUCGGGAUUUCAAAAUGGGGCAGGAGUCAGGGUGAGAAGAAUCUGAAGCAAUAGGAGAGCUUUUUGGAAACAUCUCAAUUCUGAUUUAAGAGCAGAAAUAAUGGAAAUGGAUAGAUUUAUAUUAAGUAUGCGAAAAUUGUAGACUAGGGGAGAGAAGCUGAGAAUAGCCGGAAUGAAGUGACUCCUAGGAAGUGGGGGGAUACAAUGUAUACUAACACAUUUUCAUUAAAUGUAACUGCAAGAGCCUAGGCUCUUACAGUUGAAUUGUUCAAAAUCUUCUUGGGUUUUCACCUUGAGAAAAUGAAUACCCACCC